UGGGAACCGUGUGCUCGCCGCGCUUUCCCGCCCUUAAUCACUCGUCGUGUACCGCGUUACCGCGUUGUCGAUACGUCGUCCCGGCCCGAACAGGCUUUAACGAUCUGCCGACCCGCGACGAUGACAUUCUCUCGCGCUCGCCUCUCCGGCGGCACGGCACUCGGCAGUCGUCGUCCGGCGCUCAGUCUUCAGUGCGGUGUCGUUGUCCGCGAUGUGUGCUGAUCGGUCGUCGCCCGUUGCAGAUCGCACGGGUUGUGCAUCGCUUGUUUUCGUUUACCGUGCGCGGCAUAGAUCGUCAACACUAAAAUUGUACACCGACAUAUUUGGCGAGCAUCUGUGGUCAUUAUAACCUAACCGUGCGUAACCAUUGCGGUACUCGUGGCGUUUAAUUUCCCUUCGCGCCGUCUUCGUACCUAACCGGACCAAAGAAUUGAUGGUUGGAACUUUGGAAGAAAUUAAUUUGUACCCUACUCAACCUAAACCUACACAUUAUUUGAUAUUGUAAAUUAAGUCUUCAAUUUGUUCACUGAUUUUAUUAAAAUGAUUGACUGGUACGUGAAAUUAUUAGUAAACCAUCCACGUAAAGUAAUAGCAACUGUGGUGUUAUUAUGUAGUAGCACUAUUCUUAUACCUUAUUUUAUUGGACGCUUACCAGAGUUCUCACAUCCUGAACUUGGUUUUGAGACACGUGGUACUGAAAUCGGUAAUCGUCAAGUUACUUGGGACAAUUUAAUCAAAGCAUUAGAAAAAGGCACAGAGAUGAUAGAUGAUAUUACAAGAAUACCAACUGAUAUAUUACCACAACAGUAUAACAAUAUGGACUUAAAAAAAAAUGAUGUUUUAGUUAAUUAUAAGAAUUUGAAUUCUGAUAUGGAGUCUACAAGUACAGAUUUAAAGAAAUUUCUACCUCAAACAUCUCCAUUAGACGAUGAAGUAUUUGAAGAAACUGAAAUGAUGACUCAACGAAAUGAUAAAAAAAGACGAAAGAAUAGAUUAGAUUUUUUUUGUUCCAAACCAACAUAUGAUCACGCAAGGGUGAUAUUUACAUCCAAUGAUGGUGAACAUCUUUUUACCUACCAAGCAGUCAAGGAUAUGUGUCUUAUACAGGAGCAUUUAGAAAACCUGGUAGCAUAUAAAGAUGUUUGUGAUGUACAAGAUCAUGCAUGUUGCCCACCGUGGUCUUUGGUUAACUAUAUUACAUUGUUAAGAAAACAUAAGUCUUGUUCAGAAAUUACACCUAGAGAUAUUAAUGCAACAAUGACAAUACUUGAAGGAUGUGCUCAUUUUUAUCAUGACAAUAAGUUGUUUGAAUGGCAAACAGAUCAUACAACAAUACCUCGCCAAUGUGUUCAAUUUAGUGGUGUUUAUAAUUUAAUGCAUUAUCACUUAGACGUAAAUUUUAUGCCACCACAUGCUUCAACGAAUGUUUUAACAAGUUCAAUGAUGUUUUUACCAUUUGGAAAAGGAUCAAUUGUUCAUGUAUAUGAAGCAAUGAAAGAUGCUAAUUUGUCGACACCAUUAGUUAGAAUUUCAGCAAUUGAUUUCGGUAUUAAAGAAAAGUUGUUUGAUCUUGAGCUUGUCAGGGAUAUAUAUCUAAUUUUCCUGAGUAUCUUUUUCAUUAUGUUAUGUGUAUUAUUUUACACAUGGUCAAUAAUAAUUACAAUUGUGACCCUAUUGAAUAUUCUAUUUUCUUUAUCCGUUUCCUAUUUUGUUUAUACAUUUGUGUUUCAAAUACAUUUUUUUCCAUUCAUGAAUGUCCUUGCCAUAAUUGUACUUAUUGGAGUCAGUGCAGAUUCAUCAUUCAUCAUGUGUGAUGUGUGGAAAGUUAUCAAGAUCAAUGACCAGGCUGGCUCUUUAAUUGAUGUCAUUUCUAAGACAUUAAAACAUUCAUUACUGUCUAUAUCAUUAUCAACGACAACGACAUUUUGUGCUUUUGCAUCAUCAUUUCUCAGUGCUAUUAAUGGAAUUAGCUGUUUUAGUAUUUUUUCAGCUAUGGCAGUUUUUGUGAAUUUGUUAAUAACUGUAAGUCUACUGCCAUCCUGCAUUGUACUUUUAAGCUCGAAGAACAGGCAUAAUAUUGUGUUAUUUGAAGUUGGGUCAGUUAAUAAAUUACUUUCAAUGGAGAAAAUGUUACGUAGAAUUCAAACUUCUUUUAAUGCAUGGUUAUUAAAAAUUGUGUUUCGCUUUCGAUGGGUGUGGAUAAUAUUAUUUUUCAUCCUGGGAACUUUGAGUGUAACUAUAAUAUGGAUAUGGCCAGGCAUGAAACUACCAGAAUCUGUUGAAUUUCAGUUGUUUCGAGAGUCUCAUCCAUUUGAACAAUAUGAUUUGGUAUAUAAAAACCAAUUUUGGUUUGAAAGAAUUUUAAGGAUUGAUAAUAAUCCAGAAAAUCGUGUUCCACUACGCUUUGUCUGGGGUGUGUUUCCCAAUGAUACGGGUAAUCAUUUGGAUCCAGAAGAUCAUGGAAGUUUAGUGUAUGAUCCCAAUUUUGAUAUAGCGCAUCCAAAGUCUCAAAGUUGGCUAUUGCAGUUUUGUGCAAAUUUACGUUUACAACCCUUCUAUCGAGCUGUUGGUGGACCUCAAAUGACAAAUUGUUUUAUGGAAACUUUUGUUAAGUGGAUGAGCCAUGAUUGUGUGAAUAAUCUUGAAAAUGAUAGAUGGCCAUGCUGUAAUACUUUUGGGUUUCCAUAUCCAAGAAAUAUAUUUCAUUUCUGUAUUAUGAAAGCUAUGUACAUUGUAUAUAAUACACCAGUUUCCAUAUUUGUCCCUUCUGCAGCUGGACCAAAGUUUUCAAAUCCAUUAUUUCAUUCAGAAAACCAAACACUCAUGCCAAUCAUAAAAGCUGUUGUUGUAGAGUUUGAAAGUAAUUUUAUUUUUACUACAUCUUAUACCGAUAUGGAACUCUUUUAUAAACAAGUUGAGUCAUGGUCAUCUAAAAUGAUGGAAACUGCUCCUCCUGGCCUCAGAAACGGUUGGUUUUACAGUCAUCUUGGCUUUUAUGAUCUUCAAAAGACAUUAAUUGAGGACACUAUAAUGUCAGCUUUUAUUGCACUUUUUCUUGCUUUUACCAUAAUGUUCUUUGUAACUACAAGUAUCUCAUUAACUGUAAUUACAGUGCUCACCAUAUUUUUUAUCAUAUGCACUACAAUUGCUAUGUUAGUUUUGAUGGGUUGGCAUCUCAACGUCUUGGAAUCAAUCGCUACUUCUGUAGCUAUUGGUUUAUCUGUUGAUUUUAGUCUACAUUAUACUAUUGAGUAUCAGCUGGCUUGUGAAGAUUCACCAAGAGCAACAGCCAUUUCAAAAGCAUUGUCCUUAAUGGCUUGUCCAUCAUUGAUGGGCGCAAUCACAACUGGUGCUAGUGGAGCAUUCAUGUUGCCAUCAGAUGUUUUACCGUACGCUCAGCUUGGUAUUUUUUUGAUUAUUAUAAUGUUCAUUAGUUGGUUUUACUCAACUUUUUUCUUAGUAUCGCUUUUAUCAGUAUUUGGUUCAGAUUAUGAUCAUGGUCCAUAUCCAUAUCGUUGUUGUAAGAAAUUACAAAACAUUAAUAUGAAUGAAAGACAUAAAAAUCGCGCAAAACACGCUUCUCCAUUUUCUAAUAUUGCAUCAGAAUCAACAGUAUCAUGUAUAAGUACUGCUAUUGUCAAUCAAUCUACCGCUCAAGAGUUAGAAAAUUUAACUGUUCUCCCACUCAAAUUCCAACCUUCUAACACAAGAUCUGUUACUUCAUGUUUGUAUUUGAAUGUUGAUGAUAAUGAUGUGGUAAAAAAAAAUGAAACUAAUGCCAUACACAUUUAACAUUUAUCUAUAAUUAAGUUUUUUUGUUUGGUCCUUGUGUGUUACUAUAUUCCCCCCAAAAAAACAUGGCAAAUGUAAUCUCAUUAUUUAUUAGGUAUUUUAUACCUAUUUAAUGAAUAAACUUUUAUUAUCUCAUUAUACUUAUGAAAUGGUUUAGUAGGUACUUCCUGUAUUACGUUGUUGCAAGAGCAAACUUGCAUAGGGAGCAACUAAUUUAACUGGCAACGUUUACACCCAUUAAAUGAACAUUUACCCAUCUACCUGGAGGGUGGUAUACAUUGAUCCAAUUCUCCUCUGACUUUGAAGGGCUUCUUAG